AUGGCUGCAAUCUCCGGGGUGACGUUCUCAGAGGCCUUCCUCGCGCAGAAGCGGGCCAAGCCUGCCGAGGUGACCCGCUGGGCCGUGACGAAGUUGGUGCAGGUAAUGCGCGAGUUCAUCCGCCGCAAGAAGGUGGAGACAUUGCUCCGGGCCGAGAGCAUGACGGUCAUGAUCGAUGACAAGGAGUCGCACAGAGUGAUCCUGUAUCACUCCAACUUGUCGCACGAGCCAUACGGGAAGGGCCUGCUUCGAGCCUUCCGUCCUGGUGCCAAGGAGGUGGUGUCCUACGAGGAGGACUACUCCAUGCGCAUGGCCAAGUCCGUGGAGGAGUCCCUCUUGUUUCUCAGCACGCCAGUGCAUGGGGAGUGCAACCCCCACGUCUACGAGCACCUGCGCCAGAUCACGAGGUUCUACACCAGCGACGGGCUUCCUGCAGCCCUCAAGUGCGGAGAACUCCUCACGCAGAUGCUGCCAAAUCUGACACUGGUUCACCGAGACACAGCGCAUGCCGUGAGGCUAGGCGGAAUAAGCGUGCAUUCUCUGCUAGUAAAAUAA